CCUCAACAACCGUAAGAGUCGUUGCUUCAUUCAAAUUACCUCUAUGAGUGCCGUCGUUAGAAAAAAGGUAGUUGUAGUUGGGGAUGGUGCUUGUGGAAAAACUUGCUUGCUAACUGUCUUCUGUAAAGGAGAAUUUCCAGAUGUAUAUAUACCAACAAUAUUUGAGAGCUUUGUUUCAGAUGUGUCAGUUGAAAAUAAAAAUGUUGAACUGGCGCUUUGGGAUACAGCUGGACAAGAGGACUAUGAUAGGUUGAGAACACUAACCUAUCCCGAUACACAUGUGAUAGUGCUAUGUUUCAGUGUAGAUAGUCCUGAUAGCUUAGAAAAUGUGGAAGAAAAAUGGAUGCCUGAAAUUAGAAAUUUUCUGCCAAAUACUCCUGUGAUACUUGUUGCAAACAAGAAGGAUCUUAGAAACGAUGAAGUAACAAAAAGAGAACUUUUGAAAAUGAAACAGCAAAUUGUUACUGAAUAUGAAGGCAAACAUGUAGCCGAAAAAAUUGGUGCUCGAGCAUACGUCGAGUGUUCAGGUAGACGUUAUAAUAGGUAAUGUGACUUAAUUUUAGCCAAAUACAAAGAUGGAGUCAACGAUGUCUUUGAUACUGCUGCUAGAAUAGCAUUGCACACCAAAACAAAAAAGCAUCGCUGCCUUAUUAUUUGAAACUUGUGCAUAUCACAUAGAUUUCUUUUGUCAAAUAUUAUACAAAGGUUGUUAUCGCCAGUUUGUAACCCACAUAAACCAGUCCAAAGUGAUUUUGGAAAAAAUGUACAUACUAUCUUGAAAUAUGUUAAAUAACUAUAUCAGUAUACUGCUUUAUAACUAAUUUCCUUUUUGACCUUGUUUCCGAAUUUUUAAGAAAGCGUUUGUGCAGUAACCAUGGAAUUGUUUGAAAGUUUUCACUGUAAAUAAUUGCCAGUAACAUAUACUAGUAACUAUUAUUGAAAGUUUCUAUUUUUACGCAUUUGAAAGUUUUUAUCAAUAGCCUGUGGAAACAAAUAUACGUAUGAUAUAUAAGAAAUUUCUGACCUCAUCGUUGUCUUUCUAAAGCUCACUGCUUCCUGGCAAAUUUUGGUGACUUAUGUCUAACACUACCGUUUAUGGUAACUAAUCUCGUCCAUUGGCUUCAUCUGUCAAUAAUUUCAGAGUGCUUUGUAGAUCAAAUCAUUUUGCUUAGUUGCGUCCACAUAAUCGAACAAUCCUUUUCCACCCAGCUUCGUGGAAUUGGAUUCUACUCUAAUUUUAUUCUUGAAAGCCAUCUUCCUCAUAACUCUAACCUUCUCAUAUACCAUCUUUAACUGUGUUUUAGUGGCUGACUACACCAUCAUCUUUUUUCAGUUUGAGUUUCUGCGUAUUUUUUUUGAAAUCUAAACGCCAAGGGCUACUAUUUUUAAUUUUUUGGAACCAUGAAUUUAAAUUAAUGACUUUUUAGCCAUUGAAGACCACGAAACUGAAAUAUAAACCAAAACGAGUUAAAAAAGUGAGUUAAAUUUCGAAAUAUUAAAAAGGUUAAACACUGACCCCAGCACAGCUC